AUGCUCUCCGCCGCGCGCGCGCUGCUCUCCCGCGCGGGAUCGUCGUCCGCGCCCGCGCCGUCGUCGUCGUCGUCGUCGUCGUCGUCGUCCGCGCCUCCCUCGCUCGCCGACCUCGAGCGCGCGACCUCGACGCUCGCGCGCGCGAAGCGCGCGACGAGCGCGAACGUCUCCUCCCUCGCGGACGCCGCGCGCGUCGUCGCGGCGGCGGUCGCGCGCGGCGACGGCGGCGACGGCGGCGACGCGGAGACGACGUUCGACGCGUUCGCCGAGCUCGGAUCGCUGACGCACGUCGUUCGCCUGCUGCGCCAGUGCGGCCGCGACGCGGCGGCGGCGGCGGCGGCGGCGCGCGACGCCAUCGGCGACGCGCGCGACGGCGUCGGCGGCGUCGGCGCGAGGGCGAGGGCGAGGGCGGACGCGCGCGAGGACGACGCGCGCGUCGCGUUCGCCUCGAAAGCGCUCGUCGCGGUCGCGAUCGUCGUGCAGAGCGUUCGCGCGAGAUCGACGCGCUCGUUUUACGUCCUCGGCGGAGGGAGGCUGGACGGCGUCGUCGAGCUGGACGACGCGCUGCUGCGACGCGACGACGACCUUCGCUCGCGGUACGUCUCCGUGUUGCGAACGAUCGCGGCGAGGCUGGAGGAGGAUGGCGUCGCGCAGUUUUUCCUAGGGGGAGACGCGGACGCGGCGACCGCGGCGGCGGGCGACAUCGGGGAGGCGCGCGGGCGCUCGUUCCCGUUGUACGAGCGCGCGGCGGCGUUCGCGUUCGCGGGCGGCGGCGGCGGCGGCGGCGACGACGACGACGACGAGGACCGCGAGCGGAUGCGAACGACAGCCGCGCGUUGGGUCGUGCUCAGAGCGUGCGCGACGCGCGACCGCUCGACGCGGGAGUACCUGCUGUCCCCUCGCGGGUGGGCGCCGCACGUGCCGGCGGCGACGAGGCGCGUCGUCGCGCUGUGCGCGCGAAUCGACGCGUGCGGGUGGGGCGGGGACGACGCGGCAGCGGCGGGUGGGAAGAAGCCGCGUCGGUCGCGGGCCGUCUCGGAGCUGCGCGACCUGAUCGCGCACCUGGACGACGCGCUGCGAACGCCGGAGCUGCGCGACGACGACGACGGCGACGGCGACGGCGACGACGACGCGGGACCCGCCCAGAGAGAGGCCGUCUCAGCCUCCCCCCCGCUCUCUUUCGCCGCCGCCGCGUCGAACGAGAUAUGGGACGGGCUCGUCGCGCGCGCGUUGCUCCCGGCCCUUCGCGGCGACGACGACGACGGCGGCGGCGGCGGCGAAGACGCCGACGCCGCCCCGACGUCGCCUCAGAACGGCCCUCACGCGGGACGCCCGUCGUCCACCACCUCCAUCUCCGUCGCGACGGCGUGCUUCGUCCUCGGGCGACUCGCCGCGGGCGUCCGCGACGCUCGUCUCCGCGGGCGCUUGCUCGACCACACCGUCGGCGACGUCGACGCGUGCGGCGGUCUGGUUCGCGCGCUGCGAGGCGGGGGCGAGAACGCGUCCGCGGCGUGCGUUUUCGUCGCCGCGUUGCUCGGCGCGGAGGACGAGGACGAGGACGAGAAGGCGGCGACGGCGUCCUCCGCGCGCGUCGUCGUCGACGUCGACGCGCGCGUGAUGCGCGAACAGCGCGAGGACCUCUCGGACGCGCUCGCGGAGGUUCUCCUCGUGGACGCCGCGCGUCUGAGAACGACCCCGACGAAGCGCGCGGCGGCGAAGUAUGCGCUCGAGAAACUCGCGCGGUUCGGCGGCGCGCGCGAACUCGCGAGGCGCGCCGCCGCCAGACGCGCGCUCGCGGACGCGGCGGCGGCGCUGGCGAACGAGGCGGACGGCGCGUGGGGGGACGUCGCCGCGCGGACGUUCGCGACCGAGCUCGAAAAAGCGUCGUCGGCGGCGGCGGCGGCGGCGGCGGCGCGCGCGGGGACGAGGGACGCGGACGCCGAGGUCGCGAUCUGCGUCGCCGCCGCCGAGGAAGCCGCCGCGGCGGCGGCGGCGGAGGAGGAGGAGGAGGACGCGAACCGUCGCGACGCUUCGACUCCCGACGACGACAGCGCGCACGCCGGCGCGAGGAUCGUCGCCGCGGCGCGUCGACUCGCGACGCUCGCCGCGUUCGUCGCGCCGGCGUCGUCGACGUCGUCGUUCCUCCGCGGCCGCGGGCGCGGCCGCGACGCGCGGGAUCUCGAGUCGGAGAUCGCGACGGCGAUGCGCGGGAUGGUGGACGCGGUCGAGAUCGUGGAGGACCCGCGCGCGUUGGACGUUCGCGACGGAGAUCGCGUCGCCGGCUUUCUCCGCGGCGGCGGCGAAGAGACGACGGCGGCGAACGCGACGCCGACGAAUACGACGCGUCGCUGCCGCGUCGCGUUCGACGUCGGCGACGAGCGCGACGUCGUCCUCGCGAUCGUCGCUCGCGCGUGUCCCGCCGGCGGCGACGUCGUCGCGAGCGCGACGCUGAUCGACGAGGCGACCGGGAAGGCGCGAGCUUCCGCGCCCGCGUUGACGUGCGACGCCGUCGUCGACGCGACGCGCGCGACGUGGCUCCGCGUCCGCGCGCGGUCGCCCGCCUCGAGCCUGCGCGAGCUCGAGGAGCGGCGCGACGGUUCGGGAUCUGAAUCGUCGCGCUCCAGGGCGAGGGCGCUGAGGGACGGGCGGUGGGUGCUGUCGUUUCCGUCUGCGGCGGCGGCGGCGGACGCGGCGGCGGCGCUGUCGCGCGCGGCGGACGCGACGCGAGCGCGCGUGAAAACGCAUCUCGUGGAGGCGUUACAGGUGUUCACUGGCGAUGGAGGGGGGGAAGAGGAGGACGGCGCGCGCGCGGCGCGGCGCGAGGGCGAGGACGACGCGGGGAGCGGCGGCGGCGGCGGCAGAGACGCGCGUAGUACAGUACACGCGUAGUCCAGUACGAAAGUACACG